GGCGGAGCGAAAGGGGGCGCGUUAAGUCCCUCCUGGCGCAGCGAAGCCUCAGCUCGCGAGACUUGGCUGGUUCCGCAUUUCGGGUCUGUGAGGUGGGGUUGACGGGCGAGGCGGGCGUCGAGGUUUGCGAGGGCUCGGAGCGGCGGCGGCCCGGCUUCUGCUGCCCUUGAGCUAAGGACUGUCCGCUCCCUCUCGCCGGCACCGAAUCCUGAUCCGGGCGGGGGCCAGCGGCCCCUUGCCUCCCCUCUGAGGACCGGAGAUGAGCUUCCUCUUCAGCAGCCGUUCUUCUAAAACAUUCAAACCAAAGAAGAAUAUCCCUGAAGGAUCUCAUCAGUAUGAACUCUUAAAACAUGCAGAAGCAACUCUAGGAAGUGGGAAUCUGAGGCAAGCUGUUAUGUUGCCUGAGGGAGAGGAUCUCAAUGAAUGGAUUGCUGUAAACACUGUGGAUUUCUUUAAUCAGAUCAACAUGUUAUAUGGAACUAUUACAGAAUUCUGCACUGAAGCAAGCUGUCCAGUCAUGUCUGCAGGUCCAAGAUAUGAAUAUCAUUGGGCAGAUGGUACUAAUAUUAAAAAGCCAAUCAAAUGUUCUGCACCAAAAUACAUUGACUAUUUGAUGACUUGGGUUCAGGAUCAGCUUGAUGAUGAAACUCUUUUUCCUUCUAAGAUUGGUGUCCCGUUUCCCAAAAACUUUAUGUCUGUGGCAAAGACUAUUCUAAAGCGCCUGUUCAGGGUUUAUGCCCAUAUUUAUCACCAGCACUUUGAUUCUGUGAUGCAGCUGCAAGAGGAGGCCCACCUCAACACCUCCUUUAAGCACUUUAUUUUCUUUGUUCAGGAGUUUAAUCUGAUUGAUAGGCGUGAGCUGGCACCUCUUCAAGAAUUAAUAGAGAAACUUGGAUCAAAAGACAGAUAAAUGUUUCUUCUAGAACACAGUCACCCUCUUGCUUCAUCUGUUGCUAGAACUAUCUCAUUGCUAUCUGUUACAGACUAGUGAUACAAACUUUAAGAAAACAGGAUAAAAAGAUACCCGUUGUCUGUGUCUACUGAUAAAAUUAUCCCAAAGGUAGGUUGGCGUGAUAGUUUCCAAGUAAGACCUUAAGGACACAGCCAGAUCAUAAGUACUGUGAUAGCAACCAAGUAUGACUCCUGUUCUUAUCACAGAGUCAUACCUGGUUGUAAUAUGUGAUGAUUAACCUGUAGUUUAUAAGUUUACUUAUUAUUCUUUUACUCAUUUUACUCAGUCAUUUCUUUACAAGAAAAUGAUUGAAUCUAUUUUAAGUGACAGCAUAAUGGACAUUGAGCAUUUCCACCAAUAACUUAUGAAUAAGUUUCCAGAACAGAUUUCCUAAUAACACAAUCAGAUUGGUUUUAUUCUUUUAUUUUACAAAUAAAAAAUGUAUUUCUAAGUAUCCUUGAAAUUUAGAACAUGUGUGUCACUUCAGAUAACAUUUUAGUUUCAAGUUUGUAUGGUAGUGUUUUUAUAGAUAAGAUACGUAUAUUUUUUCAAAAUUCAUGAUUGCAGUUUAAAUCAUCAUACGGCAUGUGUGGGUGGGAGCAACCAAAGUUAUUUUUACAGGGACUUUAUUUUUUAAUCUUUAUUUGGAAUUGUUUUCACAUCUGUCUAAAUUAUUAGGAGUGUGUAUAUCAGAAGUAAUUUUUUUAUGUCUUCUAAGGAUGGUCUUCCAGGCUUGUAGUCUGAAAAGCUUCAUUCAAAUAGUAGCUUUUGGCUGAGAAAAGGAAUCCAAAAUAUUAUAACAAAUUUAGAUCUCAAAACCACUAUUUUUAUUAUUUCAUUAUUUUUCAGAGGCCUUGAAAUUCUGAAUAAGAGAAUGGAGGAAAAUACUCAGAGUACUUGAUUAUUUUAUUUCCUUUUAUUAAAAAAAUUACUUCUAUGUUUUUAUUGUGUCUUGAGCCUUAGUCAAGAAUAGUGUAGAAAUGCAUGAACUUUAUUCUAAUGAGGAUAAAACUUAAGAAAAACCACAAUAAACCGUGAAGGUGUACACAUCUUACAACACAGCUAAAGUUUUGGUGUGCUACCUAUUCUUGAGAGAGUGAGUGAGUGUAUGUGUUUAAAGAAGACAAAAUGGGAGAAAUAAGUUUAAAAAAAUCCUCAUUCUGUUAAUAUUCAAAAGAUGGACUGAGCUCCCACUUGGGUUUUAUCUUAAUUGUUUUUGUAUCAAAACUUGAAAUUCCUGUUUCUAUUGGGAUAAAGAAAACCUUCCCCUUGAGUGAAGAAAACAUUUAUUUUUUAUUUGGUUUCUAGGAUAUAGUAAACUCUAACAGUCUAUUUAAAAUGUACUGAGGCACAACAGUUAUUAUACUGGAAGACAUGCCAAACUGGCAAAGCUUUAAGUUCAUCAGCAUUCUAUGUGGUUCAGAAUGUGGUUUUGGCAAAGUACUUUACCAGCCUCCUUGAUGGCUUUGAUAAAGGUUAGAUUUGAUGGUUUUUUUUUUUUUUUUUUUUUAAAUUUUUCUUCUUAUUCCACUAAACUAUAAAGAAAAUAAUUAUUUAGAAACUCCAUUUUAAAUAAUCAUUUUCUAUAAAUUCUUAAAUAUAUACAGAGUUUUAAAGGAAAUAGAACAUUUCAUCUGAUUUAGGUAGCAUCCACAUAUCAUUGAGGAAUUAAAGUGUGGGACAGUCAUUAUUAAAAAAGAGAGAGAAAAGCCCUCUAUUAGACAUUCCAUAAUCCAUGUUUUAAGUUUAUCCAAAGGUCCAAAUGUCAGCCAUUCUGUAUGUUCAUGUUGAUCAUUUGCAAACAAGAAAGCAGGUUUCUAGAUGUCACUUAGGCUGUGAACUGCCUCUCAACUUUUAAACCCUGUUGGCUUUACUUUUUUAAGUCCACAAGUGAUGAAACUGGUUUCUCAGCUCGGCUUAUACAUUCCUCAUUAUUUCUAAUAUUUCAAAUAUAAUCAAACAAAAAAAAAGUUAUCACUUUUCUCCACUUAUUUUCUAAGCCCCAAAGCAAAUGAAAGACGAUCACGUCAGGACAGUAGUAAAGGCAGCUUAUAAAUAGGACAUAAAUCAGAGAUGUGUUGGUAUUUUGAUACUCAGACUGUCCUUUUUAAAGAUAAAAACAUUACCAGGAUCCCAAGUUAAUCUGGCUUAACCAACCGUACACCUAAAUAUUAGUGUUUAAGUCCAAGGCUGGGGAGCCAAGGUGGGGAGGAGAAUUGGAGGAAGGGGAGAUAAUGAGAUGAGGAUGGCGCCUUCUUGGCUUGGCUAGAGGGGCAACCUUUGAUAACAAUUUGAAGAAAUCAAUCUUUUUGGCUCUUCUCGAGACUUUUAUCUCCCCGUGCCCAAGGUUUGUCUGUUCCAUAACACUCAUUCCCUUCCCCCUGGCUAAUCAGAAGUCAUCUCUUCAGUGUCUGAUCUCUGCUCUUCAUACAUGGUUACAGUCACGGGGUGAAGAGUGCUUGCUAAAUUAUGCAGUUAAUCCUAUGAUGCUUUAAUUUUCAGGCCUUCAAAAAAAACUUGGACAGUGAUGUACAGAUUUUUAAGUAGUUGAACUUCCUUUUACUAGUUUUUGUAUUGACAGCCAAAUGUGUCUUUCAUUCUUCAGAUUGUGAAUAAAGUGAUUUUACAGGA